GAUGGCCAACACAUACCUUCAAGUUUUAUGCUUAUUUAUUUGUUCAUUGGCUAUCAUCAAUACUGUGUCAUCUACAAAAGAAAAUGUGACACCGUACUUAGAUGAGGCAUAUCAUGUCUCAAAAACAAUCGUUAAAAAUGCUGUGUCAAAAGGAGCAGUGUGCUUGGAUGGAUCACCUCCAGCAUAUCAUUUUGAACCAGGAUUUGGAGAUGGAGCCCAAACCUGGCUCGUUCAACUUUCGGGGGGAGAAUGGUGCAGAACCGUUGAAGCUUGUCUAGAACGUUCCAAAUCUGAAUUUGGUUCUUCAAAUCUUAUGAAUUCAUGGUGGUUUACAGGAAUGUUUAGCAAGAAUCAAAGUGGAAAUCCAGAAUUCUACAAUUGGAACAAAGUAUUUAUUAGAUACUGUGAUGGUGGAGGAUUCACUGGAGAUGUCGAAUACGUCGAUCCCGCUACCAAACUUCAUUUCAGAGGUGCAAGAAUAUUUAAGGCAGUGAUGGAUGAACUUUUAGAAAAAGGAUUAAAAACGGCCAAAAGUGCUCUUCUUGGUGGAAGUUCUGCAGGAGGAUUUCCAGCAAUGUUAUAUUGUGAUUAUUUUCGUACAUUAUUGCCAAAUACUCCUAGAGUGAAAUGUAUGAAUGAUGCUGGUUAUUUUAUCAACGCCAAGGAGCCUUUUCGUGCAAAUUUUACAGAACUUUAUACAGCACUUGUUACUUUACAUGGAUCUGCCAAGGCGUUACCUAAAGAAUGCACUUCAAAGAUGAGUCCAGAAUUGUGCUUCUUCCCAGAGAACAUGCAACAAUAUGUCAAGACACCCCUUUUCAUUGCCUCUUCAGCAUAUGAUAAAUAUCAGAUAAACAAUAGUAUAGCUGUUGGGAUAAAUACUUGCAUUGGUUCUUCAAAUUGCACUGCAACUACGAACCAAACCUUUUUAGAGUUUAGAUCGCGAUUCUUGAAUGCUUUGCCCAAACCAACUAACCCAAAAUUAAAAGGAGUUUUCAUUGAUUCAUUCAAUCAUCAUAGCCAAGUCCAAUUUUGGUGGUCUCCUUUUAAUAUCACCACAAUUAACAACUUGACUCUAUCGAAGGCAUUUGCUGAUUGGUUCUACGAUCGGAACUACACGUAUGUGAUACAUGAACAUGAAUUGCCGAUUUCUGCUCUAGGAGCACUUGCAGAAAAGGAACGUAAAGCCAAAUUAAAGAAGAACAUGCGCCAUCUACCAAAGUUUCAUUAACCUAAA